AUGACAUUCACCCAAAAUGAUAUUAACAAAUUGAAAGGGCCCCUAGAUGGGAUUCUUACUGAGGUUACUGCCUCCAAGAAAGAUGGGGACCCACCACUUGUAGCACCAGCAUGUACAAUUGGAGUAACGCAAAAGGACAAAACGGUAUAUCUCAACACGAAAGGAAUUGCCAAUCUCAACACUAACGAACCCUCAAGUAAUGAUCAUUUAUAUGCCAUGUUUUCGUGUACUAAAUCAAUGACAGUAAUGGGAGCUUUAAUCUUGUAUGAACGAGGACAGUUGGAUUUGGAUGUGUCAGUGUCAAAGUACUUUCCUGAGAUAUCAACUAUUGGGAUACUUGAACCCGGAAUUGUUGAUAAAAAGACAGGUGAGUUUAAAAAGCCAUUGCGAUCACCCAGGACACAAGUAACUGCAAGACAUUUGAUGACGCAUACUGCUGGAUUUUCAUACGGUUUCAUUCAUCCUGAUUAUUUUACUUUGAUUACUAAAGGACAACCGAAAUUAGACGCUUCAAACCCUACUAUAGAGUUUUUCUUGAAGAAGACUCCUUUAGUUUUCGAACCAGGAACUGGGUGGAUGUAUGGUCAUAGUAUUGAUUGGUUAGGGUUUGUUAUUGAAAAGAUUUCUGGUCAGAAAUUGGGGGAAUUUUUGAAAAAAGAGAUUUUUGACCCCGUGGGUAUGAGUUCAUGUACAUUCCAUAAAAAGAAUUAUGAUAACAUGAAUAGAGUCCAUUACAGAAAGCAAGAUGGAACAUUAAAGUUACAAGAGAAGUUUGGUUUGCCCUUGGACCCUAACUUGGAUUUAGGAGGUCAAGGAUGUUUUGGAACCGUUGGGGACUACUUGAAGUUUAUUCGAGUCUGGUUGAAUUACGGAUUCAGUCCUGAUGGCAAUAAGAGAAUCCUAGCACAAAAAACUGUUGAAUAUGCAGUGCAAAAUCAUCUACCUGAAAAUGUUGAGUUGGAAUUUAUCGGAUUAGCUCAUAAUUUUGUUGAUGAUGAUGCACCUAACAAGCAACAAGAUGGAUGGACCCUUUCUGGAAAUGCAUACAAUGCAAAUAAAUUGCCAAGUGGAAGACCCAAGGGAACAUUGUAUUGGGGUGGAUUGGCUAAUUUGCUGUAUUGGAUUGAUUUUAAAAACGGAAUUGGUGGAUUCUUUGCGGUGCAAGUAUUACCCUACAUGGAUGAAUAUGUUGUUCCAUACAUAGCCAAGUUUGAGUACGAAGUUUAUAAUGUUGUUGAUGGAGAAAAUGUUCCAGCAAAGUUAUAG